UCAAUUAAUUUUGGUGAACAGGUGAAUGUGAAUUAACGGAUUACACUUCUCACUCCCGGAUUGAGAGUUUUUACUCGGGUUCUGAAAAGAAAGAAUGUUCCAGAUGGAUAAUUGGCUCUGUACAUUUCCAUUCUUUCGUCUCAAAGGUCGACCGUGCUUGUGGUAGUCAGGUUUUUGCUGAAGAAUUGAGGUUUUUGUGCAAUCUGUCUCCGCGCUCUCUUCCUCCUCCGUGAAUAAAAGCCGACUGCCUACAAAAAUGGUCAAAGGGUUCCUGAAAAGUACCGAGGGUAUUUUCCAACUUUCCCCAGGUGUUACUGUUAUCGGAAGAGAAAACUGUGACUUAGUGAUUGAGUCACCCACCGUAGAAGUCCAACAUGCCAUCGUUGAAUACAGUGACAGCGAGUCCUGCUUUGUACUGCAAGACCUAAACACGGCACACGGGACGUACGUCAACGACUGCCGGGUACAGAAUGCUGCCGUGCGAUUGGCUCCGGGGGACAUCGUCCGCUUUUCCUACUCAGGAGUUCCAAUGGAGCUAGAUGUUGAGGAUGCACCUCAGGUCACCUACCCACCUGUUCAGCAGCGACCGGCCUGGAGUGCACCACUGCAGGUCAUCAACACCCACAUUCCCAUCUCAGGCCCCACACAGCAGCAGCAACAGCAGCAACUCCCCCACCUUGCCAGUGUCACUGACUCCGCCUACCCGGCUGGAGGCAGCGGCAACCCAUCGCAGCUGCCCUUGAUCUCUGCGGCUCCGCCCGCUUCCACCCUGCCUCAGUCAGCGUGGGCCACGCCCUCUGUGGCUACCCCCUCUACUACGGCGAACGUGGUCGUACCAAGACCGCCCAGGCCCAGGCCCAGCAGUGCGGGGACACGGCGGGGCAGUGGAGGUAGUCCAGUCAUCGGCGGCAGCCCGACCAACAGCCCUCUGCCCCCAAGAAGAGUAACCAGUGGCUGGGUGAGUACGGCCGGAGCCAGGACAGUGGUCACUUCACAGCAGGGGCCAGGCAGCCCGGUCACUCGGGCAUCCCCAGUCAAUGAGAUGUUGGCACUUCACGAAAAGGAGCAACGUCUUCUCCGCAUGGGCGACGAGAUCAAUCGGCUCGCCGUCUUCGAGGCGGAGUCCCUGCGCAAGGACGGCGUCAUCGCCCAGCUGCGGGAUGAGAUGGAGGCCAUGGCGUCUGAGCUGCGGCAGCGCAGCCGGGCGGCAGUAACCACGGGAGGGAGGGAUACUGACAGCCACGCGGCAGCCCUGCAGACCCGGGUCAAGGAGUUGGAGGCUGACAUCCACGGGAAACAGCUGGAGAUCAACGCCCUCAAAGAACAGAUGACCAAGAUGCGCCCAGAGAGCUCUGAUCCGAUGGACAACGUGGCCCACCUGCGGAGCACACUGCUCCAGAAGGAACGGGAGCAAACCUCCCUCAAGCAGGAAAUGGAACGGGUCAAGAAGGAGAAGGCCACGGCCAAUGGGUUGGUGACCACGCUGCAGCGGGACAUGGCCAAUCGGGACAAUACCAUUUGCCGGAUGAGGGGGGAGCUGGAGAUCGUCAAGCGAGAGCUGCGGGAGAAGGAGGUGUCGCUGUCGGCGAUGACGGCCAAGUUGAUGGAUUCGGAGGUUGAUAAUAGUCGACUCCGAGAUGAGCUCUCAGACAAGGACCGUGAGGUUCUUAGGAGCACGGAUAAACUGCGAUCGUCUGAAACUCGAGUGGGUGAGCUGACGCACGAGGUGGAAUCGUACAAGCAGGACAUUGAGAAGUUAAAGAAACAUAUCGAGGAAGAAAAAGAGAUGGAGGAGAAGUACAAGUCUGAACGAGACCAUGCCAAGGUCCAGUUUGCCGAGAUGCAGCGUCUGGAGAAGACAGCCAAGGCUGACGUCGAGCAAAGUCAGAAAAGGCUGGAGCGUUUCCGCACCCGCAUCAUGCAGACCACCUUCUCGGCCCCCGGCUUCAAGAUGCCCGACCCAGACACGGAAAUCAGCGACGACACCAUCGUGGAGACAAUGAAGAAGCUGAUCGAGGACCGGACGGACGGCAAGAACAAGCUCCGGGAGCUGAAGGAGACCAACAAGAGCCUGGAGAUCUUCAAGAAGGACUCUAAGACCAACUCCAAGACACUGAAGCAACAGAUGGUGGCCUUGGAGAAACGUUUGCAAGAGGGAGGACGGACCUGUGCCCACCUGCUCAAUGAAAUCAAGCUCCUGUCUUCGGUCACCGUGGACGAGAGCCUUCAAGGCAUCAAGGAUACAGUCGCCAUGAUGCUGCAGGAUGAGUUGUCAUGGCAACAGGAGUACGAGAGCACACUAGAGAAGUGCGGCAUUGACACUGGUACACCCGGAAAAGGCCUGGCAGCUUUCAUCGACGACCUCAAAUCCAAGAAGGACAGUGCACAGAAGGUGGCUGCCAGCAUUCAGGCCAAGUUUGACCAGCUGGAGAAGACGCUGAAGAGCGAGACUGGGCAGGAGGUCAGCCGGCUCAAGACGGAGUACGAGACCAAGCUGGCCGAUGCAUUGGAGAUAACCAGACUGGAAGCCGAGAAGAAACUACAGACGUCCCUGGAGGAGCUCCGUCAGGAGGAGGCUGGCAAGAGAGAGAACGCAGUCAAAGCUGAGCAGGAGAGGGUCCGACAGCAGGAGGCCAGCUUAGAAGAGCUCAGACAGGCCCUGACACAGAAGAAUUCCAACGAAGAAAGGUUGCAAACCCUGCAGAAGCAGCUUCAGACGAAAGAAAAGGAGUUUGCCGUGACAGAAGAGAAGCUCAAGGCAGACCUGGCCAUGUUGCGCAAUAAGCACCAAUCGGAGGUUGGCUCCUUACGUGACAAGAUGGCGGCCUCGGAGGACCAGCACGGGAAGGAGACAGCAGCCUUGUGGGAACAGGUCAAGCAGCACGCGCUGACCAUCAGCAGCCUGGAGGAGCGGGUGGUCCGGUCAGGCAAGGACCUGGCCACGGGACAGGCCAAGGUGCUGGAACUGCAGCAGAAGUUGGCCGAACAAACCAAGAAGGCCCAGGAGAUGAUGUUGAAGUAUCAGCAGCAGGCCAGCAAGCCGGAGCUACCUCCCAAACCGGUCAUUGUGCAGCAGCCUGGGGCCGACAUCCAGGGCAUGGAACAGCUGAUCGCCUUACUCAAGAAAGAGAAUGCCAAUAUGAAGAAGGAGCUGCAGGACCAGCAGGAUGUGAUCCUGGGCCUGCGGCGGGACCUGGCCGGUGCUGCCGCCCGGCUGUCGGACAUGACGGGCGAGCUGAACGAGCGGCAGAAGGAAGAGCUGGAGGACAGUCGCCUGCAGGUGCGAGAGCAGGAGGCGGAGCUGACCACCCAGCGCCAGCAGCUGGUCAAGCUGUCGGAGCUGGUGGACAAGAAGACGGCCGAGACGGAGCGAUUGGUCAAGGACCUGGCGGCCCAGAAAGAGUUGGUCUCCAAACACAAGCAGGACUCUCUGAUGAAGGGAGACGAGCUGGCCAAGCUGCAGGUCCAGCUGGGCCACGAGCAGGAGAACAGUAAGCGUGCCCUGGAGCAGGUGCAGCAAGAGGGCAUGAUAACCAGCGAGAUGUCGGCCAUUGGAGCCCAGUGCCGGGGUGAGAGACAUGAGCAGGUGAUUGCAAGGCAGCGAGAGGCACUGGCAGAACUACGAUCGCGCAUCAAAGGCAUGGAGUCCAACCGACCGCCGUUGCCCACCCAGGACCAGGCCCUGCAGCAGGUCAUCCUCCUCAAGAAGGAGCUGGCCGAGAUGCGAGCCAAGCAGGCCCAGAUCAUGGACCAGAGCCAGGGGGCCGGGGCUAACCCGGAGGCAGUGCUGGAGCGGGAGGUGGCCAAGGCCCGGGGCCAGAUCUCCACGGCCUCCUCAGACGCGGCCAUCGAGCGGAGUGCCCGCAUCGAGAUGCAGCAGGGCCUGGAGGUCAGCGAGCAGUCGUACCUCAAGCUGGCCCAGUCGGUGGCCAACCUCCUGAGCCUAGGUGAGGUGGCCGGCCAGGACACCAUGGGCCACCUGCCGAGGGACGAGCGGGACCGUCUGGCCGAUGAGCGAAGCGACACCCUGGAGCUGAUCACCAGCCGGCUGCGUACGCUCAACCAGCGGCUGGAACGCAAGGACGAGCUGCUGCGCGACUACGAGAAGGACCUGGAGAAGCUGCGAUUGGCCGAGCGGCUGGCCAAUGAGAAGGCGGCGCAGGUGGAAGCGCUCGCUAAUGAUCUUCGGGGCAGAACAGAAGAGGCGCACUACCUCCGGGAGACAUUGCGGCGAACGAGAGAGGGGCUUGACCAAGAGAAGAGGCUAAAUCGAGCCAUCAAGAGCAAAAAGACAUUCCACUUGGAGAACGACGACAAAAACAACAAGCAGUCAUGGCCAAAGCAUAAUUGCUACGUGGACGAAGGAGCUAAGAUGAAGAAAGAUGCCAAGAAGAAGACACAGAAAGAGAAGAUACUUCGGAAGAACUACGAACUAGAGAGUCUCAAAGCUGAGUUGAGCGAGAAGGACCAGCAGCUGUGCGAGACUACGGCCAAGCUCAUCAAUUUGGAGCAUGCUGUGGCCAUAAGCUGAGCCAUAGGGCUAAACCAAGUUUGGACCAUUCCACUUCAUGAAAUAGGGGGAAAUGAUAAGAAUACCAAAGCAGGGACUAACGAGUAUUAUCAGCAAAUGCACAAAGCUUCAAUAAUUUGUAAAUAUCUCAAAUUUUUAGUGAGCAAUAUAAGAAAUUGUGUGACAUGUUCUGCGUCGUAAAGUUAUUUUCUGGUCUUAAAAAAUCAGCCACCUCUUUUUACGUCCUGCGAAUGUUCAUUAGAAGUGACAAAUGCUGGAGUUCAAUAUUAUCGUAGGCUGGGAUACCUGGGGAAAUGUUAAGGUUUUUUCUAAGGAGUUGCAUGGGGUGUUUAAAGUAGUUGCUGAAUGUUUUGAAUGAAAUUCUAAUAGAAUAAAUAAUUGCAUGCCUUGCGUUUGCGCAAAUAUGUAAAUAAGUAUGAAUCAGAUAGGUAAAAUUAUUUGUGCAGAAAAUCAAAUUUUAAUGAUGUAUGUGAUUUUUUAUGUAAACCUCAAAUUUCAAAAAGCCAAAAAAGUAUUUCUAGUAUUCCUUGGACUGUAUUUUGUUGAUUGAAAAGACAGUAAUGUCAGUUAUGUGAGGUGUAAAAAUCCUAUAAUUGCAUCAGAAUUCAUAAGGUUCCCGAGGUAAUUUUCUUUUUUGUCUGAAUCUGUCUAAAUCAUGUUGGUUACAGACGUGAUCUCUUGUGGACAAAACCCUACGCAAAGAAAUCAACGUAGAAUUCUGUUAAAACGAAUAACUGGCAUUGAGCUUGAAAAGUUGUCACCUAAAAAGAAAUCAAUUUGGCGUGCAGCCGUGGAUUUGAUGCAAUAAGUAGAGACAUUGAAAUACGCUAUACUUUAUAGCAACCAUUGCUUUCGACGUUUUCUUUCGACAGGCUGAAGUGUUGUAACAUAAUCUUGAAUUUUCCUUUGUAAAUAAUACCUUAAGAGACGUGAUGUAAUUCCCCAAAUUGUAAAGUUUAUUUUAAUGAAGUUGGAAUUUUUAACACAUUGCUUUGUGUUAUGGAGCAAAAAUCUAAGCUGUUUGUGCCGUCACAAUUUAUGUGACACCCUCCUUUGGCCAGUGUCGGUGAAAAAGUCCAGUCAUUCAACUAUGAUAGACCAACAAUGUUAGGCCGUAUUAUUUUUCUCUUUUGGAUUACGGAUUCGCCAAAAAAUUCGUGGGCGAUCCAGGGCGCAAACAUGAUUAUUAUAGUGUUAUUUAAUGAUUAAAAAGCUUUGAAAUAUGCCCUCAUAAUUACCAAACAGCCAGAAAGUGUCGGUCUCUUUCAAGUUUGGCCCAGAAGCCAAUGUCGUAGUUUGCCAGCCGUUGCUUACGGCAGUAGCUGACCUUGAUUUGGAAGUAAAUUUCAUUUUGAUUUUUAUUCCAUCCUGCAACGUUGCAUCCUGGAAUGAAGAAUCUGUAAUCCGAAACAUAAAACUCGUGGCCUUCCACAAAAAAGCAUCGCUAUUUUCGCUGUUUGGCAUUUGGUAGGAGGGCAUUAAUUGUUCAUUUUCAUUGUGUUGCAACUUGGCUGUCCCAUAGAUGGAAAUAACGUUCUAAUGAGGACGUCAUCAUGGGAUGACUUCGACAACCCGACCAGACGAUUGACUGUAAAGGCUGACGGACACUCUGCGAGGCUUGGAUUUUUUUGAAGCGAUUUAUCGCUGCCGCAAAUGUGCACGUGUUCCCCAAGGCCGGACUAGACAAAAUUAAGUCGUUGUAUAUCAGCUUUCAGAUCUAUUUUAAAUAGUGCAAUUUGUACGAAAAUGUGGGAUUAGUGUUUACAUGUAUACACCGCCUAUUCGCGAUGUCAAUAAAAAUGCUGACAUUGAU